UCAUGCUGCUGCCAGGUCCAGAGUCUCUCAUGGGUCCCUGUACGGCCUCCCAUUGCUGCUGUCUCCAUCGCCACACUCUGCCAUGUGCCACUUUCAGGUCUCCUCACACACUGCUGGUGUGUUGAAUUUUUUGACAUAGGGUGCUGGCAGAUUACGGGCCUCCCAUAGCUGCUGCCAGGCCCCUAAUCUGCCAUGGGCCCCUAUACCGCCUCCUCAUGCUGCUGCCAGGUCCAGAGUCUCUCAUGGGUCCCUGUACGGCCUCCCAUUGCUGCUGUCUCCAUCGCCACACUCUGCCAUGUGCCACUUUCAGGUCUCCUCACACUGCUGGUGUGUUCAAUUUUUUGAC